GGCACAAGCUUGCACGGCUGCGCCUCGCCUCCCAGCCGCACAGUCGGCCAGCGAGGCGAAAGAGCCCGGGGGCCGUCAGGUUAUUUGGACUGUAUCGGCUGCAGCCGCCGGCCAAGGGCCCCCGAAGCCCCAGGAGGGGAGACCUGGAUGGGCACCUGGCCCCGGACUUAUGCCUUGGUACGAUAUCCCUCUUCCUGGAAAUUGUGAACACAUCCCAAAGCCCGUGAUGCUACUGGCUAAGUAACCGUCGGACAGAAAAGGGACAGGAGAUCUUUCUAGCUGGCGAUGCUGAAGUUAAUCACGGUGGCUUCUUCAAGAAAGUGGCAUUUUCUUGAGUUGAAGAUGACUCCUGGGUGCAGUUGUCUUCAUCGCAGUCCAGAUGGGCUUUGCCAUGGCUUUCUGUGAUGUUUUCCAGACUUCCCAGUCUAGCUAUGGCCCUGGAAAUUUCAGCCUGAAGCCACGUUCCCGUCUGACAACUGUUCUAAGCUGGAGUUCCAGGUCUCCGCCAUGGAGCUGCUGGACCCGGGGGCUUAUGGAGACUUGUGCAACGGCAGCACGCUGGAAGGGAAACUGAGUUCCUUCAACCCUGAGGUCCUGAACAUGACGGCAGAGGAACUGCGCAUCAGAUACCUGGGGCCCCGCCGGUCAGGCUUUUUCGUUCCGAUCUGCACCACCUACCUGCUGAUUUUUGUGGUGGGGGCCGUGGGGAACACCAUGACGUGCCUGGUCAUCAUCCAGCACCGCUUCAUGAGAACGCCCACCAAUUAUUACCUUUUCAGCUUGGCCAUCUCUGAUCUCCUGGUGCUCCUGCUGGGCAUGCCGCUGGAGAUUUAUGAGAUGUGGAGCAACUACCCCUUUCUCUUGGGGGCUGGUGGGUGCUGCUUUAAAACCCUGCUCUUUGAGGCCGUCUGCUUUGCCUCCAUCCUCAACGUGACAGCCCUCAGCGUGGAACGCUACAUUGCUGUGGUCCACCCGCUCAAGGCGAAGUACGUAGUGACCAAGAACCAUGCCCAGAAGGUGAUUAUCAUGGUCUGGGUUCUCUCCAUUCUCUGUUCCAUCCCUAACACCAGCUUGCAUGGCAUACAGACUCUCUACGUGCCAGGAUGGGGCGUAGUUCCUGACUCAGACACCUGCACUCUGGUGAAGUCCCCCUUGAUCUACAACCUCCUCAUUCAAAUCACCACCAUCAUCUUCUUCUUCAUCCCCAUGGCUGUCAUCAGCAUCCUCUAUCUCCUCAUUGGCCUGCAGCUGCGGAAGGAGAAGCUGCUGGAGGCUUUGGAGGCCAAAUCGGGAAGCCGGUGCGACUACCACAACGUCCGUUUCCAGCAGAAGAAGGCUCGGAGGAGGCAGGUGACCAAUAUGUUGUUCGUGCUCGUGGUCGUGUUUGGCAUCUGCUGGGCGCCCUUCCACACCGACCGGCUCGUCUGGAGCUUUGUCACUCACUGGACAGACCACAUGCAACACACGUUCCAGUACAUCCACAUCAUCUCAGGGGUCUUCUUCUACCUGAGCUCUGCCGCCAACCCCAUCCUCUACAACCUGAUGUCCACCCGCUUCCGCGAGAUGUUUAAGGACGUGAUGUGCCACAGACGCUUCCAGAAACUGGGCUCCCACAAGCGCUCGCCCAGCAGCAUACGCACCACCGUGCGCAGCACUGUUUUGGAGCACAUCCCAGGAAGCCAUGGGCAGCCCUUGUCUGACAUGGAGGAUUACGAGGGGGACCCGGCGGGGGAUAACGUGGAUGAACGAGAAGGCCCAUAUCUCUGAGGGCUUCCCCAACUGGUUGCGUUCAUGCGUGACGCUGAACCUGGUGGCCGAAUUAACCCAUUUUCUGUGUUUGUCCAAUACCAUCCAAAGGAGCCAAGUUCAUACAGCAGCUAAGCCAAAAACAACUGCAACCAAGGCUUAAUCUAACCAAGCACAGCCGAUUGUGUGAAUGCAACCGUUGGAUCCUUAACUGGAUUAAAGGUGAUGCAUGAACCCACCCAAGGGAAUGGAAGCACUUUGGGGACAGAGCCCUGAUAUUUCUGCUUAUGAGACCGAGGUCAGAGAAGAUGGCUGUCCUUGCCUAAAGAAUAAAUUACAGUUAAUGUGAAAAUUGUUUUAUCCUUCAUUUAUUUCAUUGUGCUUUGUCUCUGAUGUAGGCCUCGCCUUCGGGAACUUGCCAGGGGGUGAUGGUCUCACGAACCCAG